AUGUGCCUGAUCACCUAUCAAUCAGAGCCGCCGCAACAGGGUUUCGAUCCUCUUGACACAAAAACUCUAUACAUAACUACCAAAACACUCUUUGCGCAGGUGCAGGCAUCUUCUUCACCAUCGUUACAUCUCAUUCAAGCGAGUACGAUUAUUGCUGCAUAUGAGUAUGCGACUGGCAAAUUCCAGGAUGCGUUUACUACUAUUGGCCUCUGCGCAAGAAUGGGCUAUGCAUCUCGUCUUCAUCUUUCAAGCCCAGACUUAGGAAUGGACCGCUGUGCCUAUCUCCAAGCAGAAGAGGAAGGGAACACAUGGUGGGGCAUAGUCGCCUGUGAAAGGACAAUUUACUGCGAAAUAGUCGAUUCUCGACAGCCCUUUGCAUCACGGGUUCCCCCCAGAGAAGCUCCGCUUCCAACGGAACCAACGUUACAGUCCAUCGCAGGAUUUAACUCCACUUCAGGAACCAUAGGCGGCUUUGCAUGUAUGGCACAAGCAGUAUGGCUUCUGGAUGAGGUCUUCAGAGCAAUCGAGGUAACAGACUUAGAUGCAAGGUUAACUCAACUAGACGGGCUUACUCAUACUCUCCUUACCGUCUUGGCUGUGGUCAUGGAUAAAGACCAGGGGGCCUGGGGUUCAUUCUGCGCUGCCAAUACGAUGAUUAUCAGGUGA